CGCGAGCUCGUCUGUUUGUUCCGGGUGCGGAUGGAGGCGAACAUGGCGGCUGAGGGAGAUGUGGAUUUGGACCUGGAGGCUGACGAGAACUGCACCGGAAAGCCAACGGAAAAACCGCGCAAACACGACAGCGGGGCGGCUGAUUUAGAGAGAGUCACCGAUUAUGCAGAGGAGAAAGAAAUCUCCAGUUCUGACCUGGAGACGGCCAUGUCAGUGAUUGGUGACAGGAGAUCCAGAGAACAGAAGGCAAAACAGGAAAAAGAAAAGGAAUUGGCCAAAGUAACAAUUAAGAAGGAGGAUGUAGAGCUGAUUAUGGCUGAGAUGGAGAUUCCACGCACCGUGGCCGAGCGCAGUUUGAGAGAACACCUGGGGAAUGUUGUGGAGGCUUUGAUUGCACUGACCAACUGAACUGUUAGCACGUAGCUGUGACCGGUAGCAUGGGCAUGGAUGUGCCCCACUCUCUCAGCAGCGACUCUGCUUCACACUGAAUUCUGUUGUCUGUAAUAAAACAUCUCACUUAUACACCAAUGUAGUUCAGCCCUGUCCACCUCUCAGCUUUUGUAAAGACUUCCUUAAUUUUUAGUAACCUUUUUUUGUACAAAUAUUGAAUGUGUGAAUAAGACUAAAGGCAUGUCUUGGAAUUAAAUGUGCCGGAUAUAGUAAUUUAUUCACAACUAAGAUUUUUACAAAAGGUCUGAACAGAACAAUUCUGUAAAGAAAUCCAUCAGAUGUACACAAUUAAAAUGCAAUAAACCAAGAUUUGUUGCCA